CCGCCAUUGUGGAUCCCAGCUCUCCCAGGUACUUCACCCCUUCAAUCUCGUCACUACUGCUCUUCCCCGGAUCUUGGUUCUCUUGGAAUUUUGUAAGCUACGGUUGUUCAUUGUUCAUGUGAUCUAAAAUCUAUAGCUAGCUCUAUCGGAUCAGAUCUCUCUUCACCUCCCAUGUAUAUUAGGGUCAUAGUCUGUUGAUUAGAUUAAGCAAAACAAAGAAAGAAAUGGAGGCGUACAGUGAAAGUUCCCCAAAAAAGAGAUUAGAUCAUGGAUCCGAAACCCGUUUCCCAGGAUUGCAGUUGGAAUCUGAGCCGUCCGAUCACAAUCAUCAUCACAGGUUCCACUCAAUGAAUGCCCUGGAAAUCUUGAGGGAGACGGUUCGAAUUCUCCGCUUCAAUUCCUGGGGAUUCUUGGCAAUUGCCACCUUGCUAAUCUGCCCGGUGUCCGCCGCCGUGCUUUUGUCGAAUAUGUUAGUUGAUCAUUCACUUGUAAAGAGACUAACUGUUAGGAUGUUACUGAUUGCCAAGUCCAGCGGACUCCCAUUGAGGCCUUUCGUCAGUCACUCGUGCCAGAAGCUUGCCGAGAUGGCUAUCUCCUCCGCAAUGUGCUUUCCUUUGUACAUCACAUUGUCGCUGUUGUCGAAAGCCGCGCUUGUGUACUCUGUGUAUUGGAGUUAUUCCCUCAAGAAGUUUGAUGCGGCUAAGUUUUACGUGGUGAUCUGCAAGAUAUGGAGGCGGCUUGUUUCUACCUAUGUGUGGAUGUGCAUGGUGGUUGUUGGUUGCCUCGCCUUGUUUUUGAUUGUUCUUCUUGCAGUGUGCAAUACGUGUUCUAUAUUUGGGAUGUCGCCCGAGCUUAUCAUCUAUGCCGCAAUGGUGGUUGGGCUUAUCUUCUCGGUUGUUUUCGCUAAUGCUAUCAUUAUUUGCAACAUUGCCAUGGUGAUAUGUGUUUUGGAGGAUGUGUCAGGACCAGAGGCAUUGGUUCAGUCUGGGGCGUUGAUCAGGGGCCAGACUCAGGUGGGUCUACUCAUUUUUCUUGGAUCCACAAUUGGAAUGGCUUUUGUUGAGGGCUUGUUUGAGCAUAGAGUGAAGACGUUGAGCUACGGUGAUGGGUCUUCUCGCAUAUGGGAAGGGCCUCUUUUGGUGGUUAUGUAUUCAUUUGUAGUGCUUAUUGACUCUAUGAUGAGUGCUGUUUUCUACUUCAGUUGCCGAUCUUUUAGGAUGGAAACAUCUUUAGAAGGUGAAUCUGAUUCGAUUUUGGAAAGCAUAACUUUUUCUGCUGAAUCAGUUGGUAUACAAUGACUCUGGAUGUGCAUACUUCUUUAAUUCAAUAAUGAUGAAGACGGUAACUGCAGGGUGUGGUUACCAUGGAUUAAACAGAGCAGAUUUGUUGCAUUGGUACUAGGUGGUUCCAUACAGGGGUUCAGGACUUCAGGGGAGGCUGUAACCUCAAGUUUCCAUAUCUUGACAUAUGCUUCAUUUCAGUACAAAGUUGUAUUCCCGAGUGAGUGAUAUAGAAGGGACCUUCCAGAAUGGACGGUAUUCGAAGGCUGGAAAUUGCAGAAUUUGAUAAGUGUCACUUCCUUCGAGAAUAAGCUUCAUAUUCAUAAGUUCCAACUGAUAGAUAUAUAUAUAUUUUUUCUGGUAGUCUAGUGUUAUUGAUACACUUGAAUACAAUCAAUCUUUAUUUGUAAACUUCUUUAUAACAUUUUCUUCAUAU